GGAGCCAAAAACCGACCAAUGAGAAAACGCCCUGUUGGCCCUACAGACGUCCCGUCACGCUCGCGGACGGAGCGCUACGUCAGCAGUGAGAGAAACAUGGCGGUGUCCAUAGUUGCACGGCUCCCGGCGGUGAACCUUCAAUCGUUGGCGUUAACUUUCCUCACGGCGGUGAUAGUUCACCGCAGCGUCGCCGACGUCUCUGUAGGUUCCCCGCCGGCCACGGAGGGGCCUCCUCACCGCCGCUUUGAGUACAAAUACAGCUUCAAAGGACCGCACCUGUCUCAGUCCGACGGCAGUAUCCCGUUUUGGAUCCACAGUGGAAAUGCCAUUCCCAGUGCAGACCAGGUGCGCAUUACACCAUCGCUCAGGAGUCAAAGGGGGUCCGUCUGGACAAAAAACAGAGUCAACUUUGAAAACUGGGAGGCCGAGGUGACCUUCAGAGUAACUGGAAGAGGCAGGAUGGGUGCAGACGGUCUGGCAGUGUGGUUCACCACUGAGCAAGGCCUGGACGGUCCAGUUUACGGUGCUGCUGAUAAGUGGAAUGGAGUUGGAAUCUUUUUUGACUCAUUUGACAACGAUGCGAAGAAAAAUAACCCAACUAUACUUGUUGUCGGGAACAACGGCCAGCUUGUUUACGACCACCAAAAUGAUGGAACCACGCAGGCCCUCGGAACAUGUUUACGAGAUUUCCGCAACAAGCCUUAUCCCAUCAGAGCUAAAAUAAUGUACUACAAAAAAACACUGACGGUUUUGAUCAACAACGGUUUCACUCCAGAUAAAGAGGACUACGAGUUCUGCACGAAGGUUGAGAACAUGAUCAUUCCUACUGAGGGCUUCUUUGGUAUUUCUGCUGCCACAGGAGGUUUAGCAGAUGACCACGAUGUUUUGUCCUUCUUGUUAUUCAGACUCACAGAACCAGGCCAACAACUGCCUCCAGUUGAAUCUGAGAUUCCGAAAGAAGAGAAAGACAAGUACCAGGAGGAAUUUCAGAACUUCCAGCAAGAGCUCGAUAAAAAGAAAGAGGAGUUUCAGAAGGAGCACCCAAACGUUCAAGGAGAGCCAAUUGAGGAUCCGUAUGAAAGCGUGAGCGACCGGGAGAUCCGUCAGGUGUUUGAAGGCCAAAACCGGAUCCACCUGGAAAUCAAACAGGUCAACCGGCAGAUCGCUAUGCUCAUGGACGAGCAGCGCAGAUACGUUUCUAUCGUCGCAGAGGAAAUCGCCAAGAAAGGGGGACAUGCUGCGUCCGGACAGAUGGAUUCUGCCACUCAGCAGCUGGGCUCCAUCGUAGCGACGCAGCAGGAGGUUCUCAGAAACCUGAAUGAGAUGAGGAACACCUUCUACGAGUCCCUGAAACAGAUCAGCGUUGCCCAGCAGCAGCAGCAGAACCAGGGGAAUGCAGUCGGGAUGGGCACGUAUGAGACCAUUCAGCACUUCAACGACAUCAAGGAGCAUCUGCACAUGGUGAAGAGAGACGUGGAUCACCUGGUUCAGCGCAGCAGUCAGAACCCUGGUGAUAAGGUGGUGAAAUGCCCUGAGCUGCCUCCCACGCCAUCCUGCUUAUCCACCGUUCAUUUCGUGAUCAUCGUUGUCAUCCAGUCUGUCUUGUUCUUCUGCUACAUAAUGUACAAAAGUCAACAGGAAGCAGCAGCAAAGAAGUUCUUUUGAUGACCAGGGAUUAUACGUCAAGAAAAUGUCAGUUUUUCAUCCUUUUUUUUUUUCAGUUCAAUUUUUAUUUCAGAUUGUAAGUUAUUGUACAUGAAGAAAAUGGUUUUGUUGAUUUAAGAGUUUGUUUUAAUUGUCAGGAGACUUUUUAUAAUUUGAUCAGUAAAUUGUGUGUGAAUGCUAGUGUGAGACGCGCUGUUUCAGCAAAAAUAUGUUCCAUGUUCCUUUCAGUAUUUCUGCCUGGUCAGAACUUCAAAUUUUGUUUUUCAGAAACUGAAAACCUGCCUUAGUCCGUACAGCAUCGAAAAAAUAAUUUGUUUUAAAAAAUGUGCAAUGAGGGUAUUUUUGUAAGAAAUAAGAAAACAUUUUCAGUGACCUCCACCGUCGAGUAUCUGCUUGGGUUCAUCUCUUGAGUCCAACAUGUCCUCUGGCUGAACAAAAUACAGAAACUGUUGACACAA